CUGGUUUGUCAGUCCGCCUCACACUUGACUGUGCCAUCGACCCUAGUGUGUGUACCCAGAUGCCCGACAACGGCUGGUAACAACUGGGACCAAAGAAGGAGAGAAGAGGUAAACGUAACCAUCGAUAGUUUCCGCGUGAGAUGAAGACACCGUCCCUGGAUAAUUCAAGCAUCUGAAUAUUUGGAAGGCCCAAGAGUUAUACUAUCUGAGAAUGCAAAGGAGCAGAGAAAAGAUGGAGAGAAAAAGGAUGGAAGAACAGAAUCCGUGUGAGAAAAGGUUGAGGGUGUGUGUGGCGACAUGCAACAGAGCGGACUACUCCAAGCUGGCCCCCAUUAUGUUCGGGAUCAAAUCCCACCCUGAUGAGUUUGACCUGGAAGUCGUGGUGCUUGGGUCACAUCUCAUUGAUGACUACGGGAACACUUUUCGUAUGAUCGAGCAAGAUGACUUCGACAUCGGCUCCAAGCUCCACACCAUUGUGAGAGGAGAGGAUGAGGCAGCCAUGGUGGAGAGCGUUGGUCUGGCACUUGUGAAACUCCCUGACGUCCUACAGAGGCUUCGCCCUGACAUCCUGGUAGUCCAUGGUGACCGUUUUGACGCGCUGGCUCUAGCAACUGCUGCAGCACUGAUGAACAUUAGAAUACUUCACCUGGAGGGAGGAGAGGUGAGUGGUACGAUUGAUGACUCGAUUCGCCAUGCCAUCAGUAAACUGGCCCACUACCAUGCCUGCUGCACACGCAUGGCGGAGCAGCACCUCAUCGCCAUGUGUGAGGACCACUCUCGCAUCCUGCUGGCUGGCUGCCCUUCAUAUGAUAAGCUGCUGUCAACUAAUCACAGAGAUGACUACAUGGAUAUUAUCAAGAGCUGGCUGGGUGACAAGGUGAAGGACGGUGACUACAUAGUGGCUUUGCAGCACCCAGUUACCACUGACAUCCAGCAGUCCAUUAAGAUCUAUGGGCUGAUGCUGGAUGCCCUGCUCUCCUUCAACAAAAAGACCCUCAUCCUCUUCCCUAACAUAGAUGCCGGAAGUAAGGAGAUGGUGCGUGUGAUGCGAAGGAAGGGCAUCGAGCAGCACCCCAACUUCCAGGCAAUGAAGCACAUUCCCUUUGAGCAGUUCAUCCAGCUGGUGUCCCACGCCGGCUGCAUGAUCGGAAACAGCAGCUGUGGGGUACGAGAGGCUGGGGCCUUCGGCACACCUGUCAUUAACCUGGGAACAAGGCAAACUGGCAGAGAAACGGGUGAAAAUGUUCUACAUGUCAGAGAUGCCGACACUCAGAGUAAGAUCUACCGCGCUCUGGAGCUGCAGUUUGGAAAGAGAUACCCCUGCUCUAAGAUAUAUGGUGAUGGUUACGCAGUGCCUCGUAUUCUCAAGUUUUUACGUACCAUUGACCUGAAUGAGCCCCUCCAGAAGACUUUCUGUUUCCCCCCGGUGAAAGACUCAAUCUCCCAGGACAUUGAUCACAUCCUGGAGAGACAGAGCGCUCUGGCUGUUGACCUGGGAGGGACCAACCUCAGAGUGGCUAUCAUCUGCAUGAGGGGUGGCAUAGUAAAGAAGUAUACUCAGCCCAAUCCAAAGGCGUUCGAGGCCAGGAUGCAGCUCUUAUUAGAAAUGUGUGCAGAUGCCAUGCGGGACGCCGUCGACCACAACUGUAGAAUACUUGGCGUUGGAGUGUCCACGGGUGGGCGCGUAAACCCACAAGAAGGCGUGGUCCUACACUCCACAAAGCUGAUCCAGGACUGGUCCUCAGUGGACUUGAGAACACCCAUCUCCGACGCCCUGCACCUUCCCGUCUGGGUCGACAAUGAUGGCAACUGUGCUGCGUUGGCUGAGAAAAAGUUUGGUCACGGCAAGGGAGUGGAGAACUUUGUCACUGUCAUCACAGGAACAGGUAUUGGAGGAGGGAUUAUCCAUCACAGUGAGCUGGUCCACGGCAGUACCUUCUGCGCUGCAGAGCUGGGUCACAUCAUGGUUUCAUUAGAAGGCCCAGAGUGUUCGUGUGGCAGCAGAGGAUGCAUAGAGGCCUACGCAUCCGGCAUGGCCCUGCAGAGAGAGGCCAAAAGGCUGCACGAUGAGGAGCUACUGAAGGUGGAAGGGAUGGACAUAAAGUUCGAGGAGCCAAUCACUGCUGCCCACCUCAUUGACGCAGCCAGACUGGGGAACUCCAAAGCAGACGCUGUCCUGAACAAGGCUUCCACAGCGCUAGGUGUGGGCAUCAUUAACAUCCUCCACAUAGUGAACCCCUCGCUGGUGAUUCUGUCUGGAGUGUUGGCCUCUUACUACGAAGCCCCAGUGCAGCACAUCAUCUCACAGAGAGCCCUCGUCUCUGCCCGGAAAACAGAAGUUGUCUCAUCAAACUUGGAGGAACCUGCUUUACUUGGAGCAGCUAGCAUGGUGUUAGACUAUGCAACCAGAAGGAUCUACUGAAGAAUAUAGUCCUGAUUAAUUGAGGACUGCUACCAACAGGCGGACUGCAAAACUGAAAGUAGUAGCUGUGCUGCCCGGAUAGAUAAAAAAGCAUAUUAUGUAGGAGAAACAUUUUUAAGGCUAGCCUGAAAAACAACGCGCUCAGACCGUCAUUUCAGUGUUAAAUAUUGUGUGUGUAUAUAAUUUCUUUUCUUUUUCUUGUUGACCUUAGUGAAUCGUGCCUUCACCAGGCCAGAUGUUGGCCAGUUUCCAACCUGGAUAUAUCAUGUUGCAAGUGGGUCCAUUGCACGGGCCAGAAAUCCUACCACUUUCUUAUCUAUGUAGUCAUGUUUUAUUAAGUCCCAGAGCUUAUUUGAUCAAGUGAGCAUCAACUCUUGAGUAAACUGCAAAUACAUUGUAGAAGUCACUCAGUCUACUUGUAAUGUGAUGUGGGUUGAUGGAAAAGUCUUCAGAUGUGACCAAAUUAUUGCUGAAACAUUCUCCUGUUGCCUACUCUCAAUUCUCCCUAAUAUCUUACGGCCUCACUUUUUCUGUAAAUCUUGUAUCGAGUUUUCAGUCUAAAUCUUUAUCUAUUUUGGGAUAAGGCUAUCUGUCAAGUUAAUGUUACAGUUCCACAUUUUGUUAUAAAUUUAAUUAUUUAAGGUCUUAAUGAAGUGUUUUAAUAUGAUGCUUAUUGUAUGGUGGUCUGGAAAGCUUUAUGGGUGAUAAACGGUUAAUAAAUGUCGAAAUACUAAACUGGCUUGUAUUAAUGAAAUGUUAAAGCAGCCACUGCUUUAGCUUAAUGGCUGUUAACAGUGAAUUUGCCUGAAUCAGGUGAAGUUUUUUACAUGUCAUUGCCACAGACCUUAUGACUGUUUGGAUCGAGUUUUGAAGUUUUCUUCAUGCCUUCCAAAGACCUAUUGUAUCUCAAAUAUGUUUACAUGGUUUGUAUGUACUAUUAAAUACAGGAUUGUACAUUACAUGCUAAA